AUGGCUUCAGGGUCGGCAAGUAGUGAACCGAAGGAUGCCAGCCUUUGCCAGGAAGAAGGUUCUAGUCAAGAGGUCGGUGAUUUAUCUGCUAGUAUCAAGAACGGACCAAGAAUUCAAAGUCCAUCGACUGAUUGUCUGUGGGCAGUCUGCGUAUUUCUCCCGGUUGUUCAAAGCAAAUUGGACGUUGCCGACAAAUUUGAGGUUCCACAGCUCAAGCAGAAGGCCAAAGACAAGUUCGAAACAAUUGCCAGGACAUGCUGGGAAAUGGACGACUACCCUAUAGCCAUCUCGGAGGCAUACCAGCGUACCCACAAGGGAGACAGGUCUUCGCGAUAUCCUGAUUUUCGGACCGUUCUCGAGGAGGUUCUGGGCUUUGCAGCCGACCUGGUUCGGCAUUCACCAGGAAAUACCGGGGUCAAAAAAUACUGCUGUCCAAACUGUAACUUUAACUGGAUGCUGGGACAUUCUGCCGGGAACAUUAGCUACAGAUGUCCAAAAUGUUGA